CUUUAUACUCAUUUUGGUUGCACGCAAAGCAUACUUGCGAAAGACUUUCCACCGCCAUGGAAACUUCCAAUGAGCCCAUAAAUUUGAUAGCACCUAUAACCGAACCGCCCCCUACUGAUGAUAGCACCACCUCGAAUAAUAAUCCUAACUUGGUCUCGACCAACCCUUUACCCAACGACUUGGAGCAGAAGCUCGAAGAAGUGAUUCGAAACGGUGAUUGCAUCGAACUAGAAAAGCUUUUGAGAUCUAGAGAAGAUUUACUUGAGAUACAGCUGCAGUAUAAGUUCAAAGAACGCGGAACCAACACAGUCAUGGUUACUCCACUGGUUCUAGCAGCAGCAUUAAGUAAAACUGCGAUCGUUAGGUUUCUUCUAGAGAACAAUGCGAAUGUGAAGGCUGCCGAUUCGAAGCUUGGCGAGACGGCACUGCACAUGGCUGCCCGACGCGGUCCGAAAGACAGCGUGGAUUUGCUCCUCUCUCAUAAAGCAGAUAUACACCAGAAAGGCCUAUACGACACAACCCCAUUACACUUAGCAUGUAGAUAUGGCCAGCGCGAAGUCGUUGCUUGCCUUUUAGAUGCACAAGCGGACCUGACCAAGCUUGAUAAGGAUGGUACCACACCAUUUCUCACCGCAUCCAUAUAUAAUAAACAAGAAAUAAUGCAGUUUCUUUUGGAACGAGGACCAAAGGAGCAGAUAAACGGCAUGAACAAAUUCUCGAAUGGACCAUUACAUCUGGCAUGCCUCAAUGGUAGUCAUAACGUGGUAGUAUGGCUGUUGAAGUUGAGAGUACCAAUAAACCAGUCAGGAUUUAUAGGAAAGACUCCAUUGCAUUUUGCUUGUGAGCGAGGCCAUACAGAAAUUAUCAAGGCGCUUAUCAGCCACGGAGCAGAUAUUCACAGGCGAAAUAAAGAUGAUGACAGCCCUAUCCUACAUUCCUGUUUAUACGCACAACUACGGAGUCUCGAGACGUUGAUAGUUCAUGGUGCAUUAAUUUCUAAUGUUGAUGGUCAACGCAAUAAUUGUUUUCAUAAUGUUGUACUGGGAGAUAAUGAGUUCUCGGACUCACACAAACACAUUAUGGAGACAUUAGUUGGCGCAGGAUUAAACAUUAACCAGCCCAACCGUGCCGGCUAUUCACCUCUUUGGAUGGCCUGUGAGAAACAGAAGGACAAGCAUAUCCGAUGUCUUCUCGACCUAGGUGCUGAUAUCAACUACAAAGUGGCCUCUAAUGGGUCCACUGCUCUUAUGGAGGCUUGCUGUAAACCAGAUACACAAACCGUUAAGACGCUCCUGCAGCUGGGACCUGACAUGACCAUCACAAACAACGACGGACAGACUGCUUUAGCACUGGCCUGUCGCUUCGGCCAACUUGAGAAUGCUAAGGCUCUAAUAAACAACGGUGCGACGGUUACAAUCUGUGACAAGGAUGGACAUACACCCUUAUAUACUGCGGUCAUGUGCGGUAAUAUUGAUAUUGCGCUUGAAAUAUUAGCGACACCAGUUUAUUUUCCACAAAAUGUUGUGCAAGAGAAGGCCUUUGCGGAGCGUACGACAAGUAUGGAGCAUGUUCGUGAAGUUGAGGACAACUUGUUGAAGAGCUUUGAAAAUACCAAAUACCAGGAACAAGAACCUCUUCAGAGGAUCCUACAUUGGGCAAUCGUGAACGGUGCCUUCACGCUGGCUCAUCGUUGCAUCUCUCAAAACCCAGAGGUGCUCCAAUGGAAACGAAACGGCGCAACCUGGCUUCACGUGGCAGCUCUACACGGACAGCAUGGAUUUAUUCAGCUUCUAGGGGAGACACCAUCCCAUGAUAUUGAUGUCUUUUCGACGGCCGAAGACAGUAUCACAGCUCUACAUCUAGGAACUAUUGAUGGCAACGUCAAGACUGUGCAAUCUCUCUUACAGAUGAUGCCGAAGCAAUCUGACAGGGUCGAAGCUAUUAUAAAACAAAAUAGCCAAAGCGAGUCUCCCCUAACAAUUUCGAUAACCCGAAGACAUAAAAACCUGGAAGACCUAUUUUGGGAUGUCAUCAGUCAACUUGGGACUUCCGACAAGAGCUUUAUGCAGAAGAGUCCCGGAAAGGCCAGUAAGAUCCUCGAGCUGCUCGCUAUAUAUGAAACACCUGGAAAUGAAGUCGUCUUGCAUCAACUACUUCAGCAAUGGUACCUGAAUGAACAAGUUGAAGAUCGACAAGGUUUCACAACUCUUCACUUGGCAGUCUAUUGCUCCCAAGCCGUCGUGGUAUGGUGGCUGUUGUCAAAGGGUGGAUACUCCGACUGUAUUGAGAGCGCCCUUGAGCUUUUGCCAGGACGAGAUGGAGACGACAGCGUCGAAAGUUACAUUAAAGGUUUACUUCUGCAUCCACCUCCAAUCCUUGCCCGAGUUGCCAACCCAAAUAAUGAUCGCGUAACUUUACCACCAAUACUUGCAAACGAAGAAAAUCCCGCGCUGAAGAUGCAAGGGAAUAUUGUCGAUAUUUACUCUAAAGGCGGAAGGGUAAGCAUCCCAUAUACAAAGUCCAGUAUCAAUAAUAUCGUCUACGAAGAAGGUCCGGAAUACCUCAUGGCAAAGGCCCGAAAGAACUUAAACUUAGAUGCGCUGAAGAGGAAAUUAGAGCGUACUGUUCAUGAUGAAGGAAGACGGGGGGUUGAAAACCCCUUGAGUAACCGUGGAGUUCCGUACACCGCGAUAACCGAACCAGCUCAACAUGACAUCGAUAUUAAUGAAGGGGGCUUCGGUGGAGUUACUGGAGAUCUUAAGCUUCGUUGGAUUCAUCUUCCCGUUAAUGAUUUACAAAUCAUGAGAGACCUAGUUUGUCGGUUGUCGCAUGAUGCAAAACGUUUGGCGAUGGACCAUACGGCCUUGAUGAAGCACUUUAAUAACAGCUGGACCGAAUUGGCGGCGGGUGGGAAACGGAACUACAUGAAACCGCAAUGCGUUCGAAAAGAAAUAGACCAUUCCGAUCACCCGAACGAUAAUCAAAAUAGAAACCAGCCGUUGAGAGAGAAUUCUACCUGCGCGGCUCUCUAUAUGCCAUAUCUCACAUUGGGGACUUAUCCUCGCGUAGACUCGGACUGUAAUACCGAUAGAUCUGAUAAGUUCGAGGAGUCAAUAAGUAACUAUAACUCGAGACAAAUCAAACACAAGUCCAUGACGCUUGACCAGUACUACUACCCAACUAUUGCUAAUUCCGACGAAAGAGAUAAUGAUCAAGUCCUGUCAAAAUUCCUAAACGAGAAAGAUGGACUAGGUCGAAAGAAGAUUUUAUUGGUAAAUCAAAUAUGGAUAUGGAUCAUCGAUGAAAAAACAAUUAUCAGCGCUACGACAGAGGAUUCGGUACACACGAAGAAUUUGUUCCAGAGUAUUCAGAACAAUAUUCUAUAUGGCGAGACCAGAAGUCGGUUUGAGCGUGCUACGUCGGUUCAGUCUAUUAUGGAGCUGUUUGUAGGAGCUGCAAGCGGAUUCUUCAUGGAAAAGUUCAUAUCCUGUCCAGGUCAAGACAUGGGGCAACGAAUAAAUAAGGGACCGAUCGAGAUAUUCAGGGAAUCGAUCAGAAAAGUGGCUGAUGAUGAAACUCGGCUCUUCCGAGAUUUUCUCCAAGGUCUGCGUAACGAAGCCAAGGGACAAGGAGGCCCCAAAGGAGGCCCCAUCGGAAAAGAACCUCAGUCCAAUUCGCGAGCCCAGCAAACAUCUCAGAAUCGCUAUCAUAUCAUCUCACCCGAGACCGAGCUUCUUGAACUGAUACGGGAUAUUCGUGAUGAGCUCCAUAUCCUCAGGUCUUUAGCGGAGGACCAAGAUGUCGUCUGGAAACAGGCCUUUACUUCAGGGGGUCAUAUAGAGCACCCGGGUCAAUUUCAGUACUAUCACUCUUGCACGCCUACUGAUGUCAAGAAGAGUCUAGACGACAUGCUCUUGGAAGCGGAGAAAACGACCAACUAUAUCAACGACCUUCUCGACUUGCGACAAGCCGAGUACAACCGAGUGCAAGCAAACGAUUCUGCUAACCAAUCGAAAAGUAUAUUUAUAUUCACCGUCGUCACCAUUGUAUUCCUCCCCCUUUCGUUCCUUUCAUCCCUAUUUGCACUCGACGUAACUAGUUUCCCCCACGAAUCAGGAGACUUGAAGUACGAAGCAUGGUGGCUAUUUCCGAUUCUUUUUGGUGUGACGGCUGCCGUCUCUAUUCCCGCUAUCUUCUUGGCAUGGAAUGUGAAUGCCAUCUCAGAGCGGUUCCAGCUGCGGGCUAAAAAAGAUCCCACCGAAAGACCUACGACUACAAAUGCAAGUAAUGUUCCAGCACAAAAGAGUACAUCGAGAUUUUCUGGUGAGAGGUUGAAGCGGAGGUGGCGGAGGCGUGACAAGAAUGUCCUCCCACAGCACGAGGGCCCCUAACUAGACUCUACGAUCGCUUGGGAGUCUAUAUAGUGAUCUCUUGGUAUUAUAUAUAAUUCGAAUAUUUAAACUUGA